UCAAAGAGGUGUACUGUUUACCUUCACUGUAAAUGUCUUGCCUAAGAAAGGCCCAAAAGUUCUCAAUAGGGUUUAAGUCAGGUGAAGAAGGGGGACAAGUCAUUAGUUUUUCAUCUUUAAGGCCUUUACUGGCCAGCCACGCAGUGGAGUACUUUGAUGCAUGUGAUGGAGUGUUGUCUUGCAUAAAAAUCAAAGUCUUCUUGAAAGAUGCAGAAUUUUUCCUGUACCACUGCUUGAAGAAAGUGUCUUCUAAAAAUUGGCAGUAGGUCUGAGAGUUGAUGUGGAGUCAUUUUUCAACCUGAAAAGGUCCAACUCUUUCAUCUUUAAUAAUACCUGCCCAUACCAGUACCCCACCUCCACCUUGCUGGCGUCUGAGUCGAAGUGGAGCUCUGUGUUCGUUACUGAUCCAACCACGGGCCCAGCCCUCUGAGGUGGUCGGGUUUCAGCCUUGGCCAUGUCUCUGGGAACUGAACACCUCUAACUUCUUGACACUCCAGAAAGCUCUUUGGUCUUGCCCAUGGUGGAGACAUUGGAUGCUAGUUGUUUGGGUCUGGACAGGUGUCUUUUAUACAGGUAACGAGGAAUCUUUGCUUAUCUUAACUACCAUGUGACAAGGACUCGCCAUGAGAUCCUUGAAAUCCUUAUUAAAGGUCUCCAGCGUCUGGAGUACAGGGGCUAUGACUCAGCUGGUGUGGGAAUUGAUGGUGGAAACAACAAAGAGUGGGAGUCAAACUCCAAGUCUAUUCAACUGAUCAAACAGCGUGGAAAGGUGAAGGCUCUUGAGAUGGAGAUCCACAAACAGCAGGAUGUUGACCUGGAUGUGGAGUUUGAUGUUCACCUGGGAAUUGCUCACACCCGCUGGGCCACUCAUGGUGUUCCAAGUCCAGUCAAUAGCCACCCACACAGAUCUGACAAAAAUAAUGAGUUCAUUGUCAUUCACAAUGGAAUUAUAACCAAUUACAAAGACUUGAGGAAAUUUUUGGAAAGCAAAGGCUAUGAGUUUGAGUCAGAGACUGACACAGAGUCCAUUGCUAAGCUGGUGAAGUACAUGUAUGACAACCGAGAGAGUGAUGACAUCAGUUUUGCCACAUUGGUGGAAAGGGUGAUUCAGCAGCUGGAAGGAGCUUUCGCCCUGGUUUUCAAGAGUGUUCAUUACCCCGGUGAAGCAGUUGGUACAAGGAGGGGAGGCCCAUUGCUGAUUGGAGUAAGGAGUAAUCACAAGCUGUCAGCAGAUCACAUUCCUGUGCUCUACCGCUCAUACAAAAAGAGCUGUGGUGCUUUACCUCGGGCAGAUCAGGACACUUGCCUGUUUCCCGUGGAUGAGAAAGCUGUAGAGUACUAUUUUGCACCAGAUGCCAGCGCGGUUAUCGAGCACACAAACCGGGUGAUCUUCCUGGAGGAUGAUGAUGUGGCUGCUGUGACCGAUGGUCGCCUAUCCAUUCACAGAAUCAAACGAACAGCUGGAGAUUACCCCGCUCGUGCUAUCCAGACCCUGCAGAUGGAGCUGCAGCAGAUAAUGAAAGGCAACUACAGCUCCUUCAUGCAAAAAGAGAUAUUUGAGCAGCCGGAGUCUGUGGUCAACACCAUGAGGGGGAGAAUCAACUCUGAUAACAACACAGUGAUACUGGGUGGAUUAAAGGACCACAUCAAAGAGAUCCAGAGGUGUCGGCGACUCAUUCUAAUUGCCUGUGGCACCAGCUACCAUGCUGGAGUAGCAGAGUUCUUUUCUUUUUUUCCUGCAACUUGUGCUUGUGGUUGUCUGCUUGUUAAUUUUAUGUUGUUUCAAGCAAGUAGGAAACUAUGUAGUGUAGCCACAGACUCGCCAGGUCCUGGAGGAGCUAACUGAGCUGCCCGUCAUGGUUGAGCUUGCCAGUGACUUCUUGGACAGGAACACUCCUGUUUUUCGGGAUGAUGUCUGCUUUUUCAUCAGCCAGUCAGGCGUACACCAGCCAGUUUGUGUCCCUGGUCAUGUUUGCUCUCUUGAUGUGCGAUGACAGGAUUUCAAUGCAGCCCAGACGCAACGAGAUAAUCCAAGGCCUGAAAGUGCUUCCAGACUUGAUUAAAGAAGUCCUCAGUUUGGAUGAUGAGAUCCAGAAGUUGGCCGCUGAGUUGUAUCAGCAAAAGAGUGUCCUGAUCAUGGGCCGAGGCUACCAUUACGCUACCUGCUUGGAAGGAGCACUGAUGGCACACCAUGGCAAGGAACUCUCUGGGGACCUUAAAAAAGAAUUGUGGCACUACAUAAGGCUGGCCAAGGCUACAAGAAGAUUGCCAACACCCUGAAGUUGAGCUGCAGUACAGUGGCCAAGAUCCUCCAGCGUUUUAAAAAAUCAGGAUGCACUCACAACAGGGCUCGUGUUGGACGUCCAAAGAAGCUGAGUGAACGUGCACAGCGUCACAUCCAAAUGCUAUC